CGCUCUUCGCGGGUGUUCAUUCGCGUGUCAGACGUGGUUGAGGUGGGACGCACGACUCCACGUUCCUCGUUCGUAUGUAUAUAUGUAUAUAUAUAUAUAUAUAUAUAUAUGUAUAUGUAUAUAUAUACACACACAUACACGCGUAUACAUUAUAUUUGAUUCUCUCUCUAUCUCUAUUUCUCCUCUCUCUCUCUACGUGCUCUACGGUGAGAGGCCAACGUGGUGUUGGUUCCACGUGCGCGACGCAUCGACGUGUACGCCUAUAACUUCCGCUUUUCACCUGAUCUCCGCAUUAGGCAAGACUCACGUGGCCAGAUCUCCCGCGCGUUGUGCCUCCCUUCGUUCGUUGCUUUGCAUCACAGGUAGUGAAACUGUUCACGGAUCUCGAGAAGAGGAAGCAAGAGCGUUUGGGGGGAAAAAGAGGGCAGCCGCUUGUUUUCGAGGGACGGAAACGGAACUCGAAGAGUCGAAAGUAACGAAAAGUAUCGAAGAAGACCAAAGUUUUGGUGAAGAGAGAAUAAGAGAGAGAGAGGAUGACUCGCAUGCUUCUGCAAGAACCCGGAUGGAAGAUGGAGCGCAAGGGAUCGGCGUUGCUGUUGAGGAGGGACAGCUCGCAUCUGAAGAGCGGCCGCGUCUGUUUCCGGUGCGACGUCGAAGUCCGUGAAUUCGAGCGUGACGAGGAUUACACGAUCGAGGCGGAACCGGAGGCAGCUGCCAGUCCCUUGGCAAUGUGUGCCAGUUGUUUGGCGGCUCUCUGCGUGACCGUGAUUCUACCGUGGCUGUUGAUCGGCGGUUAAACACGCCUCGCUCAAACUCACCAUCUUUGGGGAGGGGGUGGCGGGCGCGAUGGUGGUUGCGUAAACCUCUGGGAAAACGGAAGUCAUCCGAAGAAUGAAUCGUCGAAAGAAAAA